GGUAAUUCACUUUCAAUUUCUCCAAUCUCCCUUUUCUUCUUCCUCUUUCCACGUCCUCAAUUUCUAAUUAUCUAUUUUUUUAUCUGCUAAAUGCUUGUUCCUUUUCUUAUGAUGCUUGGAUUUGGAGUAUUUGAAUUUCACCUUGUUUGCUAAUUGCCUAAUUGUUAUGGUUGAGCCAACAAGUAUAAUGUUUUGCAAUUUCUUGUGUUCUUUUACUAAAGCAACAAACAAAACUAAGAUUAGUUAAUUGCUCUAGAAAUGAGGGAAAUCAUAUAUAGAAGCCUGUCACUUUGGUCAAAGUUGGGAAUUGAGUUUGUUGUUACAGAAUAGAGAAUUAUUUGCUCAAUUCAGGCAUGCGAGGGAAACUGAGGGUAGAUACAUGUUUUUAAAUUGCAGUGAGUUAGAAAACUUUUAUAUUGCAGGUAAUUGCGGGAAAAUGCGGCUGAUGCGGCCGCAAUUGUGGUUGCGGAAAACUGUUUAUAACCAUGGGUAGAUAGUUAAAGACAAUCACAUAUUUUGUUGCUUUCUAGGUCUGAUCAAUGGCGCUUUGUGGAACUGGGCCGAACCCAAUUCCGGGGAGUUAUUCAGCUCAAAAUUUGUCUACAAAACUUAUUGUACCUGCUCUCCUGCCUUUUACCGGACAAUUCUAUAAUUUAGUCAGGAGAAAGCGCAAGGGAGUGUGCUGCUCUUCUUUAAGGAAUGCUGCAUCUGCAUCUUCUAAGGAGUCACAAGAAGAUGCUCCAAGUACCUUGUCGGUUUACUUGGAGGAGGAAACAGAUCAUGUUAUACGGUUCAAAAUGUCAGACUUUAAGAUUUUAGAUACUGUUAGUGUUGGCCUUGGUGGGAGGCCGGAUGAGGUCAUUUUUGAAGGCAUGGUAAAGGAUAGUUGUAGCCCUUUGUGUAACACAAGAGUUGUACUUCGACAGCUUUCCAGUGCACAAGCUCAGCGUCGUGGGAAACGAGCAAUAGAGGUAUUAAAGAAGCUGGUUCGGCGUAAACUGCUGUAUCAUUCUUACUCAAUGCAAGUUCAUGGUUAUAUCUCUUUGCCUGCAAGUGGUGUUAGCGGUUCAUUUAUCCUAGUACAUGGGUAUCAUGGUAGUUUUUCUUUGAGACACUGGCUUCAACAAUCAGAUUGGCUUCCAACUUUAGAGGCCACUCUUGCACUGGAUGAAGAGUCUGUUAGGAAGGUAGGAGAAGAUUCUACUGGAGGUCCUGCAGUUUCUAGGCAGUUGCGACUUAUUCGAAUAUUGAUGAGGGAUCUUCUUAUUGGGGUAAAUUACCUGCACAGCCACGGUCUUGCCCAUACAGAGUUGAGACUGGAAAAUGUUCAUAUAAGUCCAAUAGACAGACAUAUUAAAGUAGGUAUAUUGGGUAAUGCUGCUGACUUUUACAAGGAUGGUUCGAAUGGUAGCUCUUUGGACAACUUGGACAGGCGACAGAUGAUGAUUGCAUUUGACAUGAGAUGCGUGGGCUUUAUAAUGGCUAAAAUGGUAAUGCGAGAACUUAUGGAUCCCUUGGUUUUUGCAAAGUUCAAAUUGUUCCUCAAAAAGGGGUAUGAUCCUUCAUGUUUGCGAGAGUUUAUGUUGGAAAUCCUUGGCAGAAGUUCCCCUUAUGGAAAUGCUGGAUUACAAAUACUUGAUAGGAACUGGGGAGCUGGUUGGCACCUUUUAUCUUUAUUGCUUGCAACUAAACCUUCUCAAAGGAUAAGUUGUUUGGAUGCUCUUCGACACCCAUUCCUUUGUGGGCCAAGAUGGCGAGUAGUCCCAUCAAUGGAUAUUAUCCGAUGGGGUCUGGGUUCUACUGCAAUGCGUAUUAGUGAGGAGUACAUCUAUCGUCAGCCUCAGCGAAGCAGGCUUGCACACUUCAUUGACUUAAUGGAGAUGUUGAAUCCCCAUCCAAAGCCAAGGAACUGGCUGGAGCUUCUUCCAGGCAAAUGGCGUCUAUUAUACUCCACAGGGAAGCAUGUAGGCCUGACCCUCCGCCAACCUCCUCUCCGUGUAAUCGUUGGCGAUGUGCAUUUAACUGUGACAAGAGAAUCAAAAUUGAAAGCUAAUCUUUCAUUCAACUCUGACACUGGAUUCUCUGUCAUGAUUGGUCAGGACUGGCCUCAUGACAAAGCUGGUAAGAGUGGAAGAUUGCAGGUGAAUUCUUCAUUUACACUAAGAUCCGGGAGACUGUUAUAUCUGAAGCAAGACAAGACCACAGAGAAGUUCUUCUUUGGCCCUUCCAGCAAUGUGGAGGCUUUAGCUCAGAAAUUCAAGGGCAAGAAAUGGAGAAAAGUAGUCCCUUUCGAGGAGCUUCCAUCAAGUCUUCCAGCCGCCAAGCUUGCAUCAGGUGAUAUUGAUGUGAGAAUGAAUCUUGAUGAUCCAUUAAAUCAAAACGUUGAUACUGCGAGAAAUGUUCUACAAGAACUUAGAACACAACUUCCCCCAGAAAUAUUUGAUUUGUCAAAGCUUGUGUGUGGAACAUAUGUGGACUCGAGGAUGCUUGUCCUUCGAGGGGUUAAUGGAUCCGCGCUCCUAUUUACAAGGUCUUUUGUGGAUAGAAACGGUUCUAGUUAGUUGUUGUUGUAGCUGAUUCAAAAUUAUUAUUCAACUGUAUAUUUUUUCUUUUCGAUUGUAUAGCUUGGUCGAUUGUGAUCUUUAAACAUUAGAUGUAAAAAAUGUAUUUUUUUUAUUAAAUUGUAUUUUAUUCAAGCAGUAAUUGCAUUAAA